GGUUUCGGUCGUUUGGGUCACGGGGAUGACGCCUUGCAAGCCACGCCCAAGAGGGUGGAUGCUUUGGCGCUGGAGCACGUCAAGUGCAAGCAGGUUGCCUGUGGCUUUGCCUACACCGCGGCGGUCACCACGGAGGGGCAAGUCUACACGUGGGGGGCGGGGGAAAAUGGCCGCCUGGGCCUUGGGGAUGAGCUGGACAAGAUGCGACCAGGUCAUGUGAAGGACCUGGCCCGCUACCCCGUCAAGGAGAUUUUUGCGGGCUCCGACGUGCUCUCGCCCCUUCAUCUUGAUGCCUUCCAAGGACAGCUCUUCGCGCAAGUCUCUGUGGGACCGGGAGGCUACCACACCAUUACUCUCAGUACCACGGGCGAGGUUUACACGUGGGGUCAUAAUCGAGUCGGGCAGCUCGGCUAUACGAACAACGAGGAGGUCCCGCGGAACAAUGAAGGGGCCCAUUUUCUCCCCACCCCUCGGCGUGUCAAGACUCUCGCAGGGGCCGUGGUGUGCGGGAAUGGCGACGUGUAUAUAUGUGGCCGCAAUUUUCAAGGACAGCUCGGCCUCGGCGAUCCGAAAAAUUUUGAAAGAAACGAGCGCAACCACCCCUACCUGGCACACUUUCGUGUCAUCACAGACCUCCAGACGGGGGGUCAGCAAAAAGUCAAACAAUUUGCCUGCGGCGGUGAGCAUUCCGCCGCCUUGUUGAACAAUGACGAAGUCUAUACUUUUGGAGCCGGGGCAAGAGGGCAGCUCGGCCAUGGUGACUCGCGGAACGAGGUGUAUCCGCGGUUGAAUCAGAUUUUGCAGAAGCACUUCCACAUGACCUUUUCCUUGCGCUUCGGCGUCUACAACACCAUUCCUCCUUUCACGACUUGUCGAUAUCGAUUUCUCGGCAAGGCGGUGAUCAAGGGAUGGAUCAGGAGGACGAUCAAGAUGAGGACCAAGAAGUAGAUGACUGCCUAGUGUCUGUAGCUUUUUCCUCCAUGUCAUUUUGGGAAGAAACCGCUGUAUCUAACGCUUCAGCAUGCACGUCUUUCAGUCAAUAGACCUUGAGUUGAUUUCCAAGGAAGAUCAAGUGAUUGAGCGAGCGAAAUAAAUUGCACAGAAAAGGAGAGGGAAAGAAUAAUAAAACGAGGACCUGAG